AUGGCUGAAUUGGCUGGAUUUCGGCCGGGAAAGCGAGGCAUCGCUCUACGCAUCGCGUGGCUUCGGGUGCGUUUUCUCGGAGUUCCAGGCAGCGGCCGGCGAGGAGGGAAGGGCGAGGCGGCACGCCGGCGAGCUAGGGAGGCUGAGGCGGUGGCUGGCCAGCGUGGGGAGGAGGGAGGAGAGAGAAAAUGGGAGAGAGAGGAAGAAGGGUAUUAUAAGACAGAAAAUGGUGAAUCAUCCAAUAGAAAAACUCCAAAAAAGAAAACAAAAUCUUCUAAAAAGAAGAAAAAAGAGUCUAAAGUAGUCUGUUAUAAAUGCGGAAAACCAGGACACUACGCUAAUAGGUGUAGAGUAAAACAGCAAAUACAAGCUCUAUCAAUUGAUGAAAAUCUUAAAGAAUCACUGAUAAAAAUAUUCUUAAAUGAUAGUGAACCUGAAGACUUAGAAGUUAAAGCCGUAGACUAUACUUCUGAAAAAUCUUCUAGUGAAUCUGAUAAACAAUCAGAGUGUGAUGGGAACUGUGACUAUCACAAGUCACUAUGUACCUUAAAUGGUCUAUGUGUCUUAAUUAAAGAAGAAGAUUUAAUCUUAGGUCUUAUAGACAAGAUUGAAGACCAGGAAGAAAGACGAAAUAAGUUAAAAGAAUAUUUAACUUUGUAUAAGGAUAAAAGUCCUUUAGAAAAGAAAAUAGAAGAGAAGAAAAAUCCAUAUGAUCUUAAAGAAAUUAUGGAAAAAAUUAAAGAGGCUAAAAUUCCUAGAGAACCUACAAUAAAAGAAUUAAGACAAGAAAUUAAUUCGGUAAAAACUGAAUUACAUCACUUAAAAGAAAGAGUAGUUUUACUCAAAGUAAAAAAUGAAUCUCCGCUAAUAGCUGAGCAAGAAGAAGAAGAAGAAGAUAAGGACAUGAGUUCAAAGGCACCAAUGACUCCCUCAAAGCGAACCCAUGAGGUAUCGCCUCCUCCGCCUAAAAUGGUGGAUAAACUCAGAGAAGAUGCUUAUGCUGUCAGCAUCGAAGCUAAUAAUGCAAAAGAUCUCUACCUAAUAAGGUCAGAGAAGUUUAUGAGCAGUUUGCUGACUCGAAUAAAUCCUUAA